UAAUUAAAAGUAAAUGUCACAGACUUCUAUUUCCAUAGCUUUCAUGCAACAAUGCUGCAACAUGUUGCCACAUACUGACAUAUGGCCCUGGCUGAGCCCAUCACAGGCUCACUUGACUCACCUGACAGACCAGGGGUGUGGCAACACGCAGCUCUAUAAAUAAAAGCAUGUCAAGAAUUUUCAUACAUCACAUGGACAAACCCCAUCAGCUGAGCUGCAGCACUCUCACACCAAAUCUACCUGCCCGGCUCACCAUGCUCAGACCAUGCGCACUCCAUCGAAUCUCCUGCACAUUGCUGCUGCUCCUCCUCUCCCUCUCUAGCCCAGGGGAGAGCCGGCCUCACGUGGCCCACAGGGGUGCACCUGACAUGGACAGGACAGACAGUCAAAGGGCCCUCUUGGAGGCGGUGAAGACGGGGAUCCUCAGCUCGUUGGGUAUGGACAGGGAGCCCAGGACGACCCAAAGGGCCUCAGGGCCGGAGAUGAGGGAGAUGUUUCAGCUCUACAGAGAAAAGCUGAGGGAGAUGAGAGGGAAUUCCAGCCGGCCGAUGAGCGAAACCUGGCAAUCAACAAUUUCCACUGUACUUUUUCCAGCCACAGUGGAGCCAGUAAAAGUACCUUGGAGGCGAGGACACCCAGUUCGACACAUGCAGUGGUUCAGAGCUGUUUUCCAUAAAACCCCCCACAUCCAGACUGGGGUGACUGUGGCUCGGGCAGAGCUGAAGAUUUCCCGGCAGAUCUUAAAUAAACCCCGGUCAGUUAAGCUUGAGGCGAGACAAGAGGUUAAAGUUCGAGUCAACGGCACGAAGCCGAUGAACUCUGCUGCUUGGACUCGCACAGACCACGUCAACGUCUCAACCUGUCAAGAUGUGGUGUUGGACCUCAGCCCCGAGGUGGAGGAGUGGAUGAUAAGUGAUGGUCGUCAAGUGCUGGUUGUGGAUGUAGGGAUGGUCGUGGUGGGCAGAGAUGCCCUGAGGACAAACCCAACCAUUUCUCUGGAACUAGGCCUCGUGCAGCCCAAACCUGCUCAGAGGACGAGGCGCUCCAACAAGGAGGACGAAUGUGACGAGCGAGGAUGGUGCUGCCGCAAGUCUGUCAUCGUGUCCUUCAAAGACAUAGGCUGGACGGACUGGGUGGUGGCCCCAGCCGAAUACACGAUGCAUUUCUGCGACGGCACCUGCCCCCACAACUACAAGCCGGCCAGCAUGCACACGCAGGUGAAGUCCCGGCUGCACCAGAUUACAAAAGGAGAGACGCCUCACCCCUGCUGUGUCCCGGCGGCCUACGAGCCCAUGGUCCUCAUGCACUAUGACAGUAGGGGAAAGUUAAAGCUGACACCUUUCACCGACUUUAUUGUCAGUAAAUGUCACUGUGCCUGAGGGGGGGGGGGGGGG